GCGCCUAGAUUGUCCGGCGAGAUCUCGGCAACCACCGAAGCCGAUCAUGACUCCCGCCUCGUCCUCCUCCUCGUCCUCCUACGCCUCAUCGCUCCUCCUCCUCCUCCUCCUCCUCCUCCUCCUCCUCGUCACCCCUCAUCUUCGUCCUGCUUUUUCUGGCUGUCAAGACUCAGGCCGCCGUUGCUACUCUAUUGCGCCGAUCACGGCGUCCUCCAAAGUGGGUCAUGCGUUCGACGGCACUCUGUCCUCGGCGCGAAAUCCUGCACGCGUUCUUUGCCAAACCUCGAGCACGACUGUACAGUGACAUAGCUGCACGACCUGAUUCACGGUUCUUUUCUGUACAAAGAGAACUCUCCGCUCCGGUAUCAUCAAAGUCCACGUCGGACCCGAUUAUAGAGAUACCCAAGUCCUCCAUCUAUGCUCCGGGCGACCCAAACACCGCCGAGCCUAUCCUCCGUGACAUCUCUUGGACGGUCCAGCCCUUCGAAUCCUGGGCCGUUAUAUCCGCAGGCCACGGUACAUCCAAACGCGCUCUAUUCGAGUCACUCCUUGGUUCUCGCCGUCUGCACCCGAACCCGCCUCGCGGGAUCUUCCCCUUCCUAGGUCACCGACCACCAGAGCACUAUGUCCGGUUUGCGGGGAGCACGAGGGGCCAGAAGGGCGGAGAGUUUUUUGACUACACUGCGAGGUACGGUGCAAUGCGGGAUGGUGACGGGCAGACCCUGCGGGAAACGUACUUUCCGGACUUAGUGGAACACUCUGAUGCGGAUCACCACCAUCAUGGCACACCCUCGCGAAAGAUUGCGAGGCUCCGACGGCUGGUUGAUGAGCUGCACCUCAACCCGCUGCUUGACCUGCCGCUCAUUGCGUUGAGCAAUGGCCAGACGCGGAGGGCACGUCUUGCGCGGGCCCUCCUCGCGCGACCUGCUCUGCUCAUAUUGGAUGAGCCUCUGACUGGUCUGGACGUGGAAACGCGAGCCGUCAUAUCUGACUUCCUCCACCGGAAACACUCAUCCACUGAGCCUGAUACCCCCCAUGUUCUGCUCGGCAUGCGAGCCAAGGACCCGAUUCCUGACUGGAUAACUCACGUCGCGCUCGUGACGCCCGAACAGACCAUACGCACGGGCACGACGGAAGAAAUGCACGAGGCGAUACAUGAGCAGCGACACACAGCUGUCGCCAUGUCCGGCGGUGGUGCCAAACACGGCGAACGGCAGCGCGGCUUCGAGCUCGCGAAGAUCGACAACCUGAGUGUGACCUACGGCAGCCGGCAGGUGCUGAAGAGCGUGAGUUGGACGAUCCACGAGAACUCGCGGUGGCACCUGAUGGGCGAGAACGGCGCGGGGAAGACGACGCUGCUCGCGAUGCUCACGGGCGAGCACCCGCUGUCGUACGCGCAGAGCGAGAGGCUCCAGCUGCUGGGCCGCCCGCGCGCGAGCUGGCCGACGCUCCAGCUCAAUACGCGCAUCGGGCGCGUCAGCCCCGAGCUGCACGCCGCGUUCCCGCGAAGGCACGGCAUGACGGUGUGGGACGUCAUUGGGACGGGGUUCGGCGGUGUGUUCGUGCCCCGCGGAAGGAUGCGCGUCGGAGUGGGCUACGACACCGCGCAGGAGCUCGAGCCCGGUGGUCUCGAGGAGAAGUGGCGAAUCGAGCGUGUGUGGGAGGUGCUCGAGGGCCUUGGGCCGCGCGCGUGGAAGGGGCGCGUGCCCGACGGGUCGUACAGCGCGCCGGAGGACGUCGCGUUUGCGAAGCGCCACUUCAUCGACCUCACCCCUGGUGAGCAGGGCAUGGUUCUGCUGAUGCGCGCGCUCGUGGGGCGGCCGCCGAUCGUGCUGCUGGAUGAGGUGUGGGCGGGGAUGGACGAGGGGAUGGUGGAGGCGGUCUGGCGGUACUUAGCGGACGGUGCGGGAGGACUGCUACCGACGCAGGCGUGCGUGGUGAUCAGUCAUUGGGAAGACGAGGUGCCUUGGACCAAGGCGGACGGGGUCAGGAGACUCUUGUUGAAGGAUGGCGUAGCACAGGAAGUCAUUGCUUGAACGUCGUGGAGCUAUCUCUGCUACGACAAUCAACUAGGUCUAAGCCGUUCACAGCUCUCACAGAGCUUGUACAAUUUUCCUUCGUGAAGACGGCUCGCAAGGACCUCAUGGGCACCUAUAUAGCAUCCAUCGUGGUGACUCAACAGUGUUUAUUGCUGUUUGCGAGAUAGUGGGCGAUGGCGCGUUUCGCGCAAACGCGAUGCCCGACCAUCUGUCCCGCAUAACUCGCGAAUGCGGACACGGAUCCCCUUACAUGUUUAUAGGUGUUGAAUAUGCUCGACCGAGGGGAGUUGUGCAGCCGGGCUGAGUGCCUGUCUAGCCCAUGAAACUAGAAGAAUAUAAAGAGUGACUGCGUGGAUAGCUGUGGUAUAACAUGCAAUGAUGUACUAGAUGUGUGCCCC